CAUUUUGAAUCGAAAAUAUGACCGAUUUUUUUCCUGCCUUGCAUGUGUAAGCCAGAGUGGGACAAGCGUUGGCGAUCAGUAUUUAUGCAACGAUACAUACAACCAGUAGAAGUUAAGUUAAGUAAAUAGUGAUUGUAUGUCGCAUUCAGCCGAAAGAUAGAUGGCUUUACUCCUUCAGAGGAAGUAGCGUUUAACUAUUGGCUGUAUUUAUCACAGGGAUAAAUUGCUAGCUGGCUAGUUAGCUUGACAAGCAAAACAAAUCACAGUUCCUUCGCUGGCAAGCUAACUAAUCAAGUCGACGAAGAGUGCUGUUGGAGGGUUAUGCUGAGUGCUGAGUAGUGGUGGGCCGUGGUGCUGGAGCGCUGGUGACUGUGAGCGAGCGGAGCGGAGCCCCAUGCUGGUGACCGCCUGGCCCCACAGCGCUCUCCGCAUUCUGCACCUCAGAUGCCUGGCUGUCUGCGCGCGGCCUCUCACUAAGGAUCUACACAUUUCACCAGCUGGUCAGUACUUCCUGCUGCAGCCGCCACCAUGUUCUGGAAGUUCGACCUGCACAGCACCUCGCACAUGGAGCAGCUGCUGGAGCGCGAGGACGUGACGCUGCACGAGCUGAUGGAGGAGGAGGACGUGCUGCAGGAGUGCAAGGCCCAGAACCGCCGGCUGCUGCUCUUCCUCUCCCAGGACCAGUGCAUGCACGAGCUGGUGGGCCUCAUCACACAGGAGCCCCCCACUGACCUGGAGGAGAAAGUGCGCUUCAAGUUCCCCAACAUCGCGUGCGAGCUGCUGACGGCGGACGUGACGGUGAUCAACGACAAGCUGGGCGGCGACGAGGCGCUCCUGGAGAAGCUGUAUGCCUUCCUGGAGCAGGAGCCGCCACUCAACCCGCUGCUGGCCAGCUUCUUCAGCAAGACCAUCGGCAACCUCAUUGCCCGCAAGACCGAGCAGGUGAUCUCGUUCCUGAGGAAGAAGCACAACUUCAUCAGUCUGGUGCUGAACCACAUCGACGCGUCGGCCAUGAUGGACCUGCUGCUGCGCCUCAUCAGCUGCGUCGAGCCUGCCCCGCUCCGCCAGGAGGUCCUCAACUGGCUGAACGAGGAGCGUCUGAUCCAGAGGCUCACAGCACUUAUACACACAGGCAGAGAUGAGGAGAGACAAUCCAACGCGUCCCAGACCCUCUGUGACAUCAUUCGCCUCAGCAGAGACCAGGCCAAUCAGUUGGCCGAGGCCGUGGAGCCCGACCCUUUACUCGCCGUCCUGGAGUCGCAGGAGAACGUGUCGGAGCUGCUGAAGACCAUGUUUGAGGGGGAGCGGACAGAGGCAUCGGUCGUCAACGGAACUCAAGUGCUACUUACAUUACUGGAGUCACGGAGGACAGGGCUUGAGGGGCUAAUGGAUCUGUAUUCUCAGGGAAGUGAACGGUCGUACACUGUCAGCGGCAGUAUUUUGCGUGCUAUUGAGCCUCAUCUUAAGGACUUCCAGCAACUUCUACUUGACCCUCCCAAGAAAAGUGCAAUAUUGACGACGGUGGGCGUUCUGGAGCAGCCCCUGGGUAAUGCCCGUCUGCACGUGGCGCGGCUGGUAGCCGCUCUGCUCCAGACCAGCGACGCCAGCCUCUGCCAGGAGCUCUGCCGCCUCCACAUCAUGGACAAGCUGCUGGAUCUCUUCUUCAAGUACACCUGGAAUAACUUCUUGCACUUCCAAGUGGAGCUGUGCGUGGCGUCCAUCUUGAACCACUCCGGCCCCUGUGACUCCCUGGCCCUGGCCUCCGCGGCUGCGCCGGGCCUGCAGAACCACCUGGAGCAGGCGCCGCCCGCAACCACCUCCGCAGCCUCCGCCGACACAGGCUCUGCUGCCACCCCUGCCCCUACCACCACCACCACCUCCCCUACUCCCGCCCCCACCGCCCCUACACCCGCCCCUGCCCCUGCCCCUGCCCCCGCCCCGGCUAAUGCCGCCAACGCCGACGCGGCCACCUCCAGCCCUCCCGCCGACGGCGAGGCCAAAGCGCCGCUGAGCAGCGUGGCCGAGCCCCCCGCCCAGACCUCCGUCCACGACAUGCUGGUGGCACACCUCUUCCAGCAGUGCCGUUUGGUACAGAGGAUUCUGGAUGCCUGGGAGGAGAAUGACAAGAUUCAGUCAGAAGGUGGCGCCAGGCGGGGCAACAUGGGUCACCUGACGCGCAUCGCCAACACGGUGGUGCAGAACCUGGAGAAGGGCCCCGUGCAGUCCCAGAUCAGAGAUCUCAUCAAAGGGUGUGAUAAUGGGUGUCAUCUUGUUGCAGAGCUGCCAGAGGACUGCAGGGGGCGCUGGGAGAGCUUUGUUGGGGAGACACUGAGAGAAACAAACAGGAGGAACACCGUAGAUCUGGUGAGCACUCAUAACCUCCACUCAUCCAGUGAGGAUGACGACAUGGAGAGUCCAUUCCCCAAUGACCUGUCUAUCCAGCAGGCUUUCUCAGACUAUCAGAUCCAGCAGAUGACUGCCAACUUUGUGGAUCAGUUCGGCUUCAAUGAUGAAGAGUUCCACGAACACGACGAAAACAUCAAUGCUACAUUCGACCGCAUUGCUGAAAUCAACUUCAAUAUCGAUGCGGAAGAAAAUAGUGCCAAUGCAGCUGCCUUUGAGGCAUGCUGUAAGGAGAGGAUACAGCAGUUUGAUGACUGUGAGGAGGAAGAGGAGGAUAUCUGGGAGGACAAAGAGAUAAACUAUGCAACACAAGUUAAAUCUCGAUCCAGGUUCGGAGUGUGUCUGUCGUCAGACGGAGCCUCUAAAGGCGCGCUGAAGAACGGCGGGCGAGGGGGCCGCAGGUCGGCCUCUGAUGAGGAGGAGGAGGAGGGGCCAAAACAGACCGCCACCCACUCUCCCUCCCCCAAAGGGCCAGAAGCUCCAGAGACGCAGAGUCCAGGCUGGACAGCCACGUUUGGCGAUGGGGACACGAGUGGUGUGUGUGUGGGCUCCAGCCCCUGGGGCACCCCCUCCUCUGAGCCGAGCGCUCCCAACACACAAGACACCGGCUGGGCCAACUUCACAGAGUUCCAGCCCUUCAGCAGCAGCUCAGACAGCAAAGAAACAGGUGCCCAGGCCAAACAGACCCCCGACAAAAACACGGGCUCGGGUGUGUGGGAGGUGUGUGGCGGGGCCAGGAAGGCUCCUCUGGUGGCCUCAGACAGCAGCAGCUCCGGGGGCUCCGACAGCGAGGAGGAGGGAGAGGAGGCACGCACUGGAGACAAGAGCGCCGCCAAGAGUGAGGUACAGGUGCCCAUAGAGAAGCUGAGUGUGUCGGACAGUCCCCAGAAGGCGGAGUCGGGGGCCACACCUCAGCCCCCUGCAGCAUCACCCCCCGCUGCAGCCUCCGAGAACAUCACUGUGACAGACAAGAAAGUUGAGUGGCCAUCAUCAGGUGGACCGACGCCCAAUGGGCCAGUUUGAGCUGAGCUGGGCAGUGAGUGGAGGGUCGAGGAGGGAGAUGCCCUCUUCACCCAGCCCUUCCCCCCUCCCCAGCAACACAGCCUCCACCACCACCACCACCAACAACAACAACAACAACGACGACGACAACAACCACCACCACCACCGUCAAGUUUCUCUGUCUGCUUCCGUCUGUCCUCCCCCGUGGAAAACAUGAAAAACGAAAAUAAAAAACAAAAAGGAGAAAAAAAAAGAAACCUUGAUGCCACUUGUGGUGUUUUCGCUUGACCAUGCGGCCUCACCAGUGGGCCUGGACACUGCCAAUCAGCCACUUAUCCAUGGAGGAGAGGAGAGGAAGCCGGAGCGCCGCCCUGCGACCCCCAACCCCCCCCCCCCCCCAAACCCCCUCUCCUGUGACCCUUGACCUCAGUGACCCCUACCCAUCCCAGCCCCAACCCAACCGACCUCAGAGCGGAGCUCCCUAGAGUUUUAACCCUUUCUAUGAGAUAUGCACAGUUUCAAUGUAGCAGCAGUGGAAAAAAAAAACAAAACACACACAGCGUUGAGUCUAAAGGCGUGCCGUCACGGGAUUCAACACGACACGUUCUCAUCACGACCUUCCGUUUUACACUCUUAUUUUGAAAUGUUUUUGCCUCCCCCCUGGACUUCCUUUCUCUCUCUCUCUCUCUCUCCCUCUCUCUCUUUUCCCCAUUCUCUUUCUCCCUAUUCUGUUUGCUCCUUCUCUCCAUCUCUUCUUUUUUUGCUUCCUCUGGUUGUUUAUGUUCUCAGUUAAGCACAGGUUGCUCCACCUCAACACUGGUCAUCACCACCAAUAGUAAUCAGGACCCUCCCCACCCCCCUUUCCCCAUACCAAAAACAGGCCUGUUUAGCCCAGUGGAAUCAUGUUCCCCUCUUUAGAACCCAAUCAGACGACAGCGCUUUAAGAAGCACUUAUGCAACGCUCUCUUUGCUGUGUAUGUAAGCACAAGAAACAAAACGAAAUGAAAAGAAAAAAAAAAAAUGAAAGUAUUAUUUUUAAAGAAAAGAAAAAUAAAAGAAAAAGUUUGGCCUCUGGCCCUACACGUGAGCAGUGGAGCGCUUCAGGUGUCCGACUGGGACAAGGCGGAGUGUCCACAUCUUCAGAUUUGGAAUCAGAUCGAUGAAUGUGUUCAAGUGCUUGUUCGAGUCAGGUGAUAGAUUUUGGGGCCAACUCUCGAGAUGGGUCUCUCUCUUUCUCUCUCUCUUUCACUCACUCUCUCUCUCUCUCUCUUUCACUCUCCCUUUCUUUCUUUCUCUCGCUCUCAUUCUCUCACUACUUUUCUCUGUCUCAAGAGUUCAGCUUCCUUAUUAUCAUGUGCAAUAAUAACUUCUUUUGCCAUUUUUAUCCAAGGCGAGUUGAUUUGAUAAGUUGGCCUUCUUGGUGGCAAGUACAAAAAAAAAUAUUUUGACAGUUCAGGUUUUAAAAAUUUUUUCUCUUCUU